AUGAAGAAGGAUUCCAGUGAUGCAAGGAAGAAGCGAGCUAGAUACUCAUCGUCGUCGACGAAUUACUUUUUACUUGUUUACAAGAAUGGCAGGCGACUGUGCCCGGGCUGUGCCUGUACGCAUUACGCAAUAAUGUUUUGUCACGCAAUAGGAAGAAUACAGAAAGCAUUGUCAGCUCGGCUGAUGUGCCCGAUGGCU